UUCACUUUGCAGAACCGGAGGUUGCCGCCUGUUCUCUACCACAUCUACCGGCAUCACAACAGGAAGUCAGUGGCACCAAUCACCAAGCUGGAUUUGCGUGGUUGACGUGUUUCUGGCGAUGCGUCUCGGUGGGAUCAGGGCUUAAAAGUAGUGGGUUUAUGUAAAUGUAAAACUUAAACUAAGACCAGUUCUCUCUUUACUUGUGGCGGUUUCUUUUAGCUCUCUCAACAAACCGUUUGGCAGCGGGAUAGUGACUCCUUCAGGAAUCCUCUUGAAUAGUCAGAUCCUGGAUUUCUCCUGGCCUAACAAAACACAGGACUCAUCACCUAACCCGCAUAACAGCCUCCAGCCUGGGAAGAGGCCCAUGUCCUUCCUGAUGCCCACAGCAGUGAGGCCCGCCCUGGGGCUGUGUGGCACUUAUGUAGCCGUUGGAUCUUCUAAUGGAGAGAAAGCUCUCAGUGGCAUCACACAGGUGCUGAUGAACGUUCUGUCUUCGCGUAAGAACAUGAGUGACAGCUUGGCAUAUGGGAGACUCCACCCUCACCUGCAGCCCAACACCCUCCUGGUGGACUCCGAGUUUGAAGACGAAGACGUGGAGCUGCUGCAGGCCAAGGGUCAUAAGGUGGAGAGGAGAGAUGUUCUCUCAUUGGUGGAGGGCACCCGGAGAACCAAUGACCUCAUCAUAGGGGUGAAAGACCCCCGCAGUGCCGAUGCCUCCGCCCUCACCAUGUCCAACAUGCCCUCCUGCCCCCCCCCCCCCCCCCCCCCCCCCCACCCUCCUCUAUUGCCCCAUAAUCACACAUAAUGAAGUAGAGGUAAGAGUAACACUGUCGACAUGUAGGAGUCUGAUCCUCCGGUAGAUUAUUUUAGCUGACGACAGAGGAUCAGCGUCUCACACAGCGAUGCCGUCACACAACACACUCCGUAGUGUUUCAAAGUGUUCGUUCAUCGCUUAACGGCUUCAGUCAACAUCUUUAUCACGCAGAGCAGAACUUCAUGAAGUCAGAUCCAACGGCACUUCAGGCCCACUUAAAAGAAAGAGAUGCUCUCUCUCUCUGUCUCUCUCUCUCUCUCUCUGUCUCUCUCAUUCUGUCUCUCUCUCUCGAUACACUCGAGAGGUUUAGAGUGGAUUCACCCAGUGGAUGUGAGAGAUGCUGGUUUUUGGCUGUUGUGAUAGUGAGACGAGUGUUGUUUUUAUGAUUAUAGGAUCAAAUGAAAUUUAACGAUGAAGAAAUUGUUUCUUUGCACAAAAUGGAUAAAAACGGUAAUGAAGCCACACUACUUACAACACGUGCAUGCUUUGCGAUUCUUCCACUGCCUUUCACCAUCAUUUGAAGUGACACGUGAGAUCACAUGGGAUGGUGGCGGUGAUAAUAUUUACACUAGUGAUUCAAGCCUUUGCAUUGUCACACCUGAACUAAACCAUUCUGUGUCCUGCUCUUUAUGUGGCAUGUAACUGUGAUUAGAUGUUGUUUGGUGCAGCUGCUGGAGUUUUAACCCAUCAAUCCAAUGGCUCCUCGGGACCAUGUUCAGAAUCAGCCACUGAUUUUUCUUAAACGACAGAAUUUGUUACAUUUUCACAGGUUAAAUGGCACUGAAUAUGUGUAUUUUAAUAUAUAAUUUAUGUAGCUGUUGCAUGAUUUUGUUCUCAUUUUAAAGUACUCGCUUACAUUUGUAUUUUUUUAUUUAGAGCAGGGAUACUUGUUUUUAGAACAGGAAUAAAUCGGAUUAUUUACUGAUGGAUUGAAUGUAAUCUGUCUUGUUUUUAUAUGAACAUUUGUUGGGCUGUAUAAAUUAUUUCUUCUAUUUUUAACAAUGCAGCAUUUUAGACAAUGCUGUCAUGUUUUUUUCUGUCCACUUAUUUUAGGCAGUAUGUUUGAAGUAAGAACAGCCUUUUGUAAAGCAUUGCAUUCUUCCGGUAUGGCUCAUGCUGACUGAUCAAUUGAGCCUGUUGUUUGGGCACUUGUGCAAUAUGACGCUUGUUUCCUGUACCGUAGAGAACCAGAGCCUUAAGGGACACAUUGGCACACCUGAUGUUUGUUUUCACGUGCAUUUGUAUCUGAUUUUAAUUUUAAAAAAUCAGCACCAUCCAAACUCAAGAAAUAAAAUGUUUGCACACAUCCCAAUGUU